AUUCAUUACAUCUCUCCCAUGUUAACUUCUUAAAAUCUUAACCUUUAGAAACUCCGUCACGAUUUUAAUAUUAAUUCUCAUAAUCAAUAAGGUCAUUAACCCACAUAAAAGACGUCCAUUUAACUUGUACUCGUUCCUAUCUUUCUAUAAUAAUUUAAAGGUAUUUAAUGAAUAAUUUGCUAAGAAAUAAAAGCGCAAGAUCCUUAAUCGGUUUCGUUUAAACGAUAUUAGGACCCGGCGAAAAUUUGUCCCCUUUGAACUCUAGGAAAUGGCGGAUGUGACGUCAGAUAUGCACGAUGCAGAACGUAGCAACUGUGUCGAUUGUCAUUGGCUGAUCGCUCGCCACCUUCCACGAUCAGUACCGUGGAGGUUCUGCUCCCAAACCUUUGACGUGUGGUGUGUGUCGACAAAAAGUGAGGAAAUAACGCAACCAUCGUGGACGAGGUUGCCGUUGAAGGAUAUUUUUACAGUUAGUUUACGUCGUUGUGUGUUGUGUAGUGUGUGUGUGUGUGUGUGUUUGUGUGUAUAUCUCCGUUUCUUUAUCGUCUUACUUGGAGCCGAACCCCUUAAAGAUGGGGUGUGCAAUGAGUGCCGAAGAGAGAGAGGCUCUAGAACGAAGCAAACAGAUAGAGAAGAACCUUAAAGAAGAUGGUCUUCAAGCGGCAAAGGAUAUAAAAUUACUAUUAUUAGGUGCCGGUGAAUCGGGCAAGAGCACUAUCGUGAAACAAAUGAAAAUUAUUCAUGAUAGUGGUUUCACAGCGGAGGAUUUCAGGCAGUACAAACCCGUAGUGUACAGUAAUACUAUACAGUCAAUGGUAGCUAUACUACGAGCGAUGCCAAAUUUGAGUAUUAGUUUUGCCAAUAAUGAAAGGGAGGCUGAUGCGAAGAUGGUUUUCGACGUGGUGGGAAGAAUGGAAGAUACUGAACCAUUUUCCGAAGAACUGCUUAGCGCUAUGAAACGGUUGUGGGUGGAUGCCGGAGUUCAAGAAUGUUUCGGAAGAUCCAACGAAUAUCAGCUCAAUGACAGCGCCAAAUAUUUCAUCGACGAUUUAGACCGAUUGGGUUCUAAAGAUUACAUGCCUACGGAACAAGAUAUUCUUAGAACUAGAGUCAAAACUACAGGAAUAGUAGAAGUUCAUUUUUCUUUUAAAAACCUGAAUUUUAAGUUAUUCGAUGUAGGAGGUCAGAGGUCAGAGAGGAAGAAGUGGAUUCACUGCUUCGAAGACGUAACGGCUAUUAUAUUUUGUGUGGCUAUGAGUGAAUACGAUCAAGUUCUUCAUGAAGAUGAAACAACUAAUCGUAUGCAAGAAAGCCUCAAAUUGUUUGAUUCUAUAUGUAAUAAUAAAUGGUUCACUGAUACAUCAAUUAUUUUGUUUCUUAACAAAAAAGAUUUAUUCGAAGAGAAAAUUAAGAAAUCACCACUCACUAUUUGUUUUCCUGAAUAUACAGGUGCCCAAGAGUAUGGAGAAGCAGCAGCCUAUAUUCAAGCUCAGUUUGAAGCCAAGAAUAAAUCAACCACCAAAGAUAUCUACUGCCAUACGACAUGUGCCACAGAUACCACGAACAUACAAUUUGUGUUUGAUGCAGUAACUGAUGUGAUCAUUGCUAACAAUCUGCGAGGAUGCGGACUCUAUUAAAAGAAAAGGACUCCGUUCUCCCGUCGUAAGAUGUCUCGCCUAGGGUUAAAAAUCCAAAAGCUUGAAUUCAGUGGAUUAUCAAAACCAAAAUUUCUUUCAUUUGUAAUUGCUGUUGUUUUCAAAUUGGUGAUUUGUACUCUGCAAAAAGGUACAAGAGAACGGGCGAGAAGUAGAAAAGAUAAGAAAUUUUGUGGUUAAUAAGGUGACGGGACUGUAGCCUCGGGCACUUUAUACUUUAACCACUAUUCUACCAACCAUCUAGUCAUGUGCAAGCUAUUUGAACCCAGAAAUGCUUCGGCUUAGAGUAUCCCGGAUUUGAUGCUUUUCUUGUGAUUGUUAUUUGCCAGAAGUUUGGCAAACCGUGUCUAAUGGCCCAUCUUUUCAUUCGUUGUAUUGAAUAAUUGCAUUUGAUGAAUGUCUUUAGCUGGCGUACUAGAAAGGUUAUCCUCAUGGCUGAUGGAUAAAUUGAAAUCAUAUAAAAAUAUCAAUCGAAAUUUUCACAUUUCAAAACUGGUCGGGGCACAAUUUCAAAUCUUAAUCUCUUUUUGAUUCAUAAUAUAACAAUUAAAAAUGAUAAUGAUGAUGAUUAAAAAAAAAAAAAAACUUAAAUUUACUUGACCAUCUUUCGCUCUUCACAAAAAUUUUUGCAUUUGACAAUGCAUCACUGGCAGUCUUACAUAAAAAAAAAAAAAAAACCUCAUGAAAUGUGCCUCAAUUGUUAAUUUAGGAAAGGAAGGAGAAAUCUAGGUCACAAGAUCAAACCGACGAGUAGAUAUGGGACCAUGUUAUCACUAAAGAGGAUGGUAUCACCAGUGGCGUCACCAUGCACAUUCUAUUUGGCUUCUGUGCCAAUAUCAUUAUUCUUCAUAUUCUCUGUGCAUUUCUUCUGUUCGGGUAUGCAGUAUCUGCAAUCUUGCCCAGUACACUAAUCAAAUGUGUUUAGCAUUUUUAAGAAAAAAACAAAGCAGAAUGGUUUGCACAGGAUGCUCACCAGUGAAAUAUCAUCAUCAUACAUGAUAAUGGGGAUGAAGGACUACUUUUUUGGUAACAGAUGAUAACCAUUUAUUGUUGUUUUCAUAAUCUACAUAACCUACAUUCUGAGUUUAAUCUGUGAUGUAAAUAAAUCUCUGUUUAUCCAUUAUUGGCAAUAUGGCUCUAAAAGUAACAUCCCUACAAUCUAUUUGACUGUUCCUUUCUUCCUAUUUAUCAUAAAUAUUUCUUGCUUACAUUAAUAAUGAUUCUUUACCUUUGGCUUGUCUUUGCCAGAAAAUUUUUUCCAUCAAUUUUAUUUUUUCUAGAUUUGAAAACGAUGCAAAAUUGUUCUAAAUCAUCCCUGUGUUCGGCCUUUGUCAUAACUCUUAACAUUAUGACGCAAGUCUCGAGGUCGAGCAUGACAUGUAUUAAGCUAAACAGUUGAAUAAAUUUUAGUAGUAGUUCUCAAAAAA